UAUAGCCGUCGGCGCCACGCGGUGUUUGCUUUUGACUUUCCGUCUCGCGGUUCGCCGUGUACCAUCGAAACUUGGCAUUUUGAGAGUGGGUCUACGGCCGUGAUAGCAUCAUGUAGUGGGCUAGCCAAAUACCUUUGGAAUAUGAUACAGUUCCUCAAAAACAGAACUUGAAUACAUACAUUUAUACAUUUUGCGUUAAAACAUUGUUAAGCUUAUGAUUGUCCAAACAGUUAUCGUGUAGUAUUUAUGCUAAUAAUCAGGAAUCACGUCGAAUUUCUUAGAAAUUGUGCAUUAAUGUAGUGUUAUUAUCCUGGGACUCUGGGACGGUAUUUUUAUCCAUUUUCCAAAUAGCGAAAUAGAGAUGUCUACGGGUGUUGCGGACUCAAAAAACAAGUAUUCCAUAUUACUUCCAACUUACAAUGAAGUGGAAAAUCUACCCAUUAUAGUAUAUCUUAUCAUAAAAUAUAUGAGUAAAAGUGUCUACGAUUUUGAAAUUAUUGUGAUUGAUGAUGGCAGUCCAGAUGGCACAUUGGAAGCAGCACAACAACUACAAAAGAUUUAUGGUGAGGACAAGAUAGUAUUAAGGCCAAGAGAGAAAAAGUUAGGUCUAGGCACAGCUUAUAUCCAUGGUAUUCAACAUGCUACUGGAAACUUCAUUGUCAUUAUGGAUGCAGACUUGAGUCAUCAUCCUAAAGCUAUUGCAGAGUUCAUCAAAAAACAAAAGGAAAAGGAUUAUGACAUUGUAUCAGGGACAAGAUACAUAGGGGCAGGUGGAGUAUAUGGUUGGGAUUUCAAGAGGAAACUUGUUUCAAGAGGUGCUAAUUUUCUUACACAACUCUUGCUGAGACCUGGGGCUUCAGACUUGACAGGCUCAUUUAGGUUGUAUAAAAAAGAUGUUUUAGAGAAACUUAUCAAGAGUUGUGUUUCUAAAGGGUAUGUUUUUCAAAUGGAAAUGAUAAUCAGAGCAAGGCAGUUAAAUUAUACAAUAGGUGAAGUACCUAUAACCUUUGUGGACAGGUUAUAUGGGGAGUCGAAGUUAGGAGGUACAGAGAUUAUACAGUUUGUAAGAGCUCUUUUGUAUCUGUUUGCCACCACAUAAUUUGCUUUUAACAUUCAUAUUUUGCCUUUAUUUGUUGUAGGAAAUAUUUGUAUCUGUAAAAUACAUUGAACAUUGAAACAUUUGUUUAUUUAUAUAAAUGGUCUAUUUCAAUUUUUGUUUACAUUGCAUUAUAUGAUUUAAUAUUAUCAUAACGACAGUGAUGUCCGAUGUUACUCCCACUAGGCGGUGGUUGAGGUUUAAAGCUGUCAAACAUAGAUGGGGAAAAAGAUUCGAUAGACACGUAAUGGGAGAAAGAUUUGACAGAAAAAUAACAUAUUGUUCACGUUUUUACGUCUAUUGACGUAAAUAGCUGAUCAGUAGUUGACAUGUUAUAGAUUACGAAAUAAGAUAAUGAUGCUGUCUUAUAGAAUUUUAUAUAUCUUUAUGAGCAGACAUUAAGAUAUAAAAUUAUGUAAAUACAUAUAAUGAUAAUACUAUUUAAUAUAAAUAAUACAUUUUCAUAAAUACCUAAAGCUACUAUUUACAAAGUCAUUAUACAACCUUCACAUUUACUGCUGCCGUUUUCUGUUUAUCUGCAACUUGCAGUAUAUUAACAGUAGUAGUAUUGAUAAUAAAAUUAUGUUUACAAACUGGUGCUCUUACACAUUCCAUAUGUUAAGUCUUAAAAUUAAAUAAAAGUUCUAUUUACUUCUUUUA